GACUACUACACCAUGCUUGGGGUGAAGAAGAAUGCCGACGAAGCGACUUUGAAGAAGGCCUAUAGAAAGUUGGCCCUCAAGAUGCACCCCGAUCGUAACCCGCCCGAGAAGAAGGAGCAGGCCGAGAAGGAUUUCCGUGAGAUGUCCGAGGCAUAUCACGUCCUCUCCGACCCCGAGAAGAGGAAGAUCUACGAUCAGUUCGGA